AUGAAAUCUUCGAAGGAACGUGAGAAGCUGAGGACGUGUUUGACAAGGGCUAUUGAAAUUAUCGCUAAUGAAUCGUCUGAAACAGACACGUUUUCUACCGAGUGUACAAUUGAAAAGGACGGUGAUUUUAGCAGUUACCAAUCUCCCGAAAUCGAACCAAACCUGGAAAAAGUCGAAGAUGAGCUUUAUCGUAGAUUAGGCAAAGAUCAAGAGGUCAAUUUCACUGAAUGCAUUGAAAAUAUUGAGAACAUGAAAACAAGCUUAGAUUAUUUGUUAAAAACUUUUCAUUCUCUUAUGGUAAAUCAAAUUGGAGUCCAUGAACAAGUAGACAACGAGAAAACCAAAAACCCGGAUGAUGAAGAUAAUUACAUAGUCCGGUCCCCACAGGAAGAGACAAAAAAUGCCAAACGGCCCCACCCAGACAAUAAUAUGGAUGGAGAUUCCAAAGAGGUUUCAAAUCAUACCCCUGUUAAUUAUGGAAAAGAAAUGGAAGAAUACGACUCCGAUGAAAUGGAGGAUCAUUCGAGAGAAGCAGAGAUUGAAAGACUAAAAAAUUUGAAUAUGAAAAGUUACCUAGGUAUGGAAGAAAAUAAUGAGGGUAAAGAGAAAGCAGACUAUUUCAAACGAAAAUCCUUUCCGAUUGGAAAUGAUUCUGAAGAAAUACCCGAAGAAAUGCAGACUGACGAGCCGCAGUAUUGGAACUUCAGUGAAGAUGAUUGGAGAAAGAGAAUUGCCUUGGAAAAAACGUUUGUGGAUGAUGAUAUUGGAAAAUUUUGCAAGUAG